GAAUUAAUUGAUGAGGUAUCACUUGGUCUAUGCUUUGAGAUUCAUCGGUCAUGUAAAGUUGGAUCCCUGUUUUUGAAUGGCUUUGAUGACACGUAAGUAGCCAGGAAUCAUGUUUUUUUAAUGAAUACACAGAAUGAAUUAACUAGGUGGCAAUAACUAUUUCUGGUUGCCUUUGAGAUAAAUGAUAUAUAGCAAAUUUAGUUUUCUUCAGUGUUGGGCCCUGAAUAUAAGAUAGGGAACUAUGGUCAAUGUUUCUUUUGAUAAACCCCAAAAAAUUUACAAAUAAUUGUUACUUACACAUGCUCUAAUAAGCAUUGUUUUCUGCCUUGAUGUCCCACUAUGACUUUCUUUUGGAACCUAGGGUAGACUAUUCCAUUGCUAAGGACAAAUUAAGGACCAGUCUUAGAGUGAUUGCUGAUAAGGUAUACACUUGUAACACACUAGUGCACCAUUGGACAGAAAUUGACAAUUUAUGCCACAUGGCUAUUACAAAUGACAUUUAAAGCAGCUUAACCCGUGAAGUGUGGUCGGCUGAUCUAAUCGGCUGAUUUCCUCUUUCUAAACUGUGUCUGCCGAUUUUAUAAAAAUUGGGUUGAAAGAAUAAGUUCAAGUUCAAUAUUUUACACCAAAUAAAACUACUUCCUUUUAAUAAUAAAUAAACUUCAGUUUUUCACUCUUCUGUGUCUUUUUUUUAAACUUUGGAGUUGUUUUUUUCAACGAUCUUUAUUAAGCAAAUUUGUGUAAGUAGAUUUUUGCGAAAUGGAUGAGGCCAUAGCUGGACCAUCUGGCUUACAAAAUAAAUCAGUUAGGAAUCUUUUUGAUAAUUAUUAUUAGUUAAUGACUUAAGUGAUUCGGAAUACGAUUUUCCAAUUACACACGUAGACAAUGAUAAUUCCAAUUAUGCAGAAGGAGAAAGUUCUGACACUUUAGACCUAGGCCUAGAACGAGUAUGAGUUGCAGCAACAACAUGACUCUUUCAAAACUAUGUUGCAGAUGACUUGUUUAUGAAAAAAAAAUAAUUGGAUGUUGUUCUAUAUAUGUUUUCUUAUAUAUCAUUUUAUGGAUCAACUAUUUAUAUAGCAGCUAUUUAAAUUUUAUCUGUUUCAUGCUAUUUAGUAAUGUUUAUCUUGUUUAUGUCAUUUAGUAAUGUUUAUCUUGUUUAUGUCAUGCUUUGUUACUUGAACGUAAUUAUAGGUAUCAGAAGAUUUUUUUUGUGUUAAUCUAUUAAUAACUAAAACAUAUACAAGUUAUACAUUUUCUGAAAGAUAUAUAAAAUGUUAUCAUAUUAUAUAAAUAUUAUAAUAAUAUGCCUUUAAAAAAUUGUAGUUUGAGGUACUUGAAAAUAAAAAAUUUCAUAUUUUCUUUAUUCUUGGUCACGUCAAGGUCAUGGUCAGCGAGUAUAAAAUAUUAAAAAAUAGCCUGUAUGAUUCCCCACUCAGUCUACUUUUAAUAAUGACAUACUUUAUGGGGUCUAGCUUUAGUAUUUGCAUGUGAAAAAUCACCUUUUUCAAAGGCACCCAAAAAGCUCAAAAUUCCCUGUACAGUAUAGAAACAUAACAUACACACUUUGUGUGUUAAAAAAUGCAAAAUUUACAUCAAUAAAUUAAAGACCAGCCCUCCUUACAAUACACAAAAAAAAUUUUUUGGGAGUAUUCAUUUUUUGAAUUAAGAUGAUUUGAGGAACUGUUUAAAGGACUGCGUUCAUUAGUUCUACGUAUGUGCAAUAUCAUUAUUUAACUCUACAUUCGUGUUACUUUCUUUUCAGGUCAGAUACAGAGUAUGGUGAGUAAACAAGUUACAUUUUCAGGAUUUGUACAAUUAAGUUUCUGGCCGAGAUGAAAUUGCUGGACUGGAUGAGACUUUUGAAAUUUCCAUUCAUUUUCUUUUUUUUUUUUUUUUUUGCAGAGUACCUUAUAAACUUUUUCUAAAGCCAGUUCAUUUAUAUUUUCUGGCCGAGAUGAAAUUGCUGGACUGGAUGAGACUUUUGAAAUUUCCAUUCAUUUUCUUUUUUUUUUUUUUUUGCAGAGUACCUUAUAAACUUUUUCUAAAGCCAGUUCAUUUAUAAGCUGAAGGCCCUAGGUUCUGCCGAAAAAAAUUAAGAAAAGUGUAUAAGCUGACUCUAUAUUAUAAAAUGUUAGUGUAAGCAAAGUGGGUAUUAAAGAAACAAAUUUAAAAAAAAUGCAAACUUUUAAAAGUAAUUCUUUUGUAAGUAAAAGACUUAAAAACUAAUAAACAUACAGUAUGUUGUAUAAGACAGUUUCUUACUUUUAAUGUCUAACCAUACUGAAGAAAUCCAAAAAUAGAUGAUGGCAGCUCGGAAAGAAAUAUUUGGUUGCCUUAUUUUUCAAUGCCUGUAUUCUGCCAUUAAAUAAUAAUUAACAAGUUUUGUAUGGGUGCAUUAUUCUCAGUGUGUUAACUGGUAUUUAAGAUAUACUAUAUGUCGUGUAUUGAAAUGAGAGUUGCUUUGAACAUUUUUAAAACUGCUGCUCUGAUCUUAUAAAAUAUAACAAUCUGACAAUACAACAGUUAAAGUAACUUUGGUUGAUUACUUUUUUUGUCAUCCUUUUCUAUAAAUGAAUCAAUGUGCUUAGAAUAAUGUAAAAAACUUUCCUAUUAUCCAACCUUAAGCUGACCUCACCACAUAAUCCCCUGAAAUAUUGUUAUAAAAAAUCAGCUUUAGAAAGAAUAUAGUUGGAAGUUGGUUGGGAAGGGAUGCCUGCCCUAUUAGCCUAUCUACACCAAGAUGAAUUCAAACCUCUAAUUUCACAGGCAGACCAUAUUACCUAUGUGCCAUAGUGCCGACAGGGUAAAAAAAGAUUCAAUGAAAAAACAUAAAUUUAGUUUGUUGGUUGAAAAUAUUAAUUCUUUGGCCUAGUAAAUAAGAUAAGAUAAUAUUCUCUUAUUGAUUAAAAACAAUUGCAAUCUUUCUUGAUUGCUUUGCACAUAUUCACUUUCAGCAAAUAAAUAAAUAAAUUUUCUAACAAAGACAACAUACUACAACUAAAAAAAUUUAAACCCAAGACAUCUAAAGUAUUUCUCUAGUGUAAAAUUCAGCCAUCCUAUAACAUAAAACUAAACUCCCUUAGUGACAAUAAUGACUUAAUUAAUGAUCAUUUAGAUUUUAUAACGGGAGAGCAUGCUGGUAAAUUCUGAUGUAUUGAGGAACAAAAGAAUUUCUAUAUCUUUCGGUCAUAACUUUAAGGGAAAAAUUAGCCCUGAUCAAGCUGAUCUUCGGUAACUGUGAUGAAGAGGAUGGGAUGUAUCCUCCAAAAUGUUUUUAGUUUUACAACAUAAUUUUUCUUCAAAUAGUUCUUCAAACAAAGUUUGUGUGAUAGUAGCUUUCUUGAUUAGUCUAUUUAAUCCGUCUUUGAUGUUUAGACAGUGAAUUCUCACACCAUCAGAUAAUAUUGAAUUUCAGUAGGCCCCAACUGUUGCACUGUAGAAUAAGUUAAUAACUUGUUUAUUUAUGCCAAAAUUGUAUAAUUUUUAAAGACAGAAAAGUCUUUGGUUGACUUUUUUAUACAGAAUUUGGCUGUUUUCAUGCCAUGUUACCUCAUUUACUUUUCAACAGUUGUUACCAUGGCAUCAUAUGUAUUUUUGGGGUGAAGCCUUAUGGCACAGCUCUCCUGAUAUAUGAUGGGUAGAAGAUAGUCACCCUGCUAUGUUCAGAUGUUUACUAAUAAUUGUGUAUUGACAAGAAGUCAUCAGAAACAAUCCAUCCCUGUUUUAUCUUCAAGCUAAUUUAAAAUCACUUAUUGAAGAUUUAUUCUCUUCAAAGCAAUUGUUGACAGACCAGGUGUAGAUGUGUUAGGACAAGUCCCUUCAAAGAAAAACUAUGAAUGUAUCUGUCCGAACUGUCAACGCCACCUGGCAGCAUCAAGAUUUGCACCUCAUUUGGAAAAAUGCAUGGGUAUGGGGCGAAAUUCAUCAAGAAUAGCCAGUCGCAGGUAUGUGCAUUAG